UCCAAGUGGAAUCAGACCCAGUCCAAUGGAACAUAAACAGCAGUCUUAAUCUACUCCAGUGUGCUUCUCUCCUUAUCAGUUGUUUUUUAUUUAUUUCCACACUCUUUCCUUUUGCAGAACAUAUUAACAGAGGCAAAUGUCUCAUACACAUACACAUACAUACAUACAUACAUACACACACACAGACACAGGUAUACGUGCACACGCAGACACGCACAGACACGAACACAGAUACAGGCAUACGUGCACACAUAAACACACAGACACACACACACAGAUACGCACUAAUUAGGAGUAUCAAUGUCAAUGUGCAGACAUAUUAACAGAUGUAUUAACGUAGACAUAAAUGGAAAAGGGGAUGAGUAUAAGGACAUGGUGUGGCACAUU